UAUACAUUUUUUUUAUUAAUGCUGUCACAUAUGAAUUGACAGUGUAUGAUGAGAAAUUGUUUGCUAUUGUGCAUUUAGUCGAACAAGGAAACAGUACUAUGAAUUCUUUAGAGGAACAGCUAAAGCAAUUAACGAUAUUGAAUAGAAGGUGCGAUGAUGCACAUAUGAAAACCGGAAAAGUCGCAGCUUUAGUUAACAAUUUACAACAGAAAGCUGGUGCUGCUCAAAAUGCCUCCGCUUUCAGUAAGUCGAGGACGGCACCAACCAUACCACCGAAGCCAUUCAAAAAGACAGUUGAUAUGCCUCAGGUGCCCCUUAGCAAACUAGUUACGGAUGCCCGAGAACCACUUUUUUCACAGCCACUACUUAGUGGAUCGAACCUCCUACUCAAGCAGCCCAUUUAUGCUAGUAAAAGUGUUGAUAAAAUUGGCAAUAGCCGAACAACACUGGAUAACCCAGCUAUAUUGGAACAGCAAUUAGAAGCUUUAGCAUACCACAAACAACAAAUGGAGAAAAAGGGGCUAUUGGGUGCGCAGAGUCUACAAAUUGCUGAACAUACCGAAAUCAUUCCGAAACUAUCCUCCACAUCUCUAAGUGGACACUUUUCCAGGCAGAGUGCAUCUAUUUAUAGCAAUCUACAACACUCUUCGGAGCGUCUAACUAACGAGUCGAAAUCUGUAUUCAUGCAACCAAAUGAUUCUUCUUCCAAUGUCCAAAAUACAUUUACACCAAAUGAUAAGGAAUUAGAAGAAGACUUACCGCCGCCUCCUAGUCCAGUUAGCUCAUCUUAUAGUGAGCUGCGAAGAGCUAGUGACGUCUUUGACAAAGCGGGCGACUCACAUGGGAAAAAUCCAAAUGAACCAAUGGCAACAUCCAUGUCCAGGGUAAACCUUGCCAAUCCAUAUGCUACUCAAAACAACUAUCAAAAUAAGACGUGUGGCGACUAUUUUGGCUAUGGUGCAUUAUCCCAGAGUUCUUCAACAUAUGAUUCGAUAUAUGAACCCAUAAACCCACGUCCAGCUGUCGACAUAUCGUCGCGUACUGCGAAUCGUAAUGCAUAUACUACAUAUGUAAAUCAGCGCAUUAUGUCAACCAGCAAUUGGAAUAAACUGGGGUUGGAACAAAGUGCAAGUGGAACAAAUACUCCCAUAUACUGCAACGAUGAAGCUAAAGUAGAGGCUAACAUUGGAUUUUCAAAAAUAAAUGAAAAUGAUGAGCACCUGGGUCAAUAUCAUUUGUCAACAAUUGAUUCGGCUAACGAAGUUGAGAGCUACGGUCGUUGCUUCAAGUGUAAUGAACGUGUGCUCGGCGAAAGUAGUGGAUGCACUGCCAUGGAUCAAAUAUAUCACAUUUCAUGUUUCACAUGCACCGAAUGUCAACUUAACCUACAGGGCAAACCAUUUUAUGCACUAGAAGGACAACCAUUUUGCGAAUACGACUAUUUGCAAACACUUGAGAAGUGUUCAGUUUGCUUAAAGCCAAUUUUGGAGAGAAUUUUAAGAGCCACGGGCAAACCCUAUCAUCCACAAUGUUUUACUUGCGUUGUCUGUGGAAAUAGCUUGGAUGAAAAAAAUCAUUUCAGGAAAUUUGCUCCUCGUUGCUGUGUUUGUCAGGAGCCAAUCAUGCCGGAGCCCGGACAAGAAGAAACCGUAAGGGUCGUUGCCCUUGAUCGAAGUUUUCAUCUAGAAUGCUAUAAAUGCGAGGACUGCUCCCUCUUAUUGUCAUCAGAAGCCGAUGGUCGCGGCUGCUAUCCCUUAGAUGAUCAUGUGCUGUGCAAAAGCUGUAACGCUCGAAGGGUUCAAGUUUUGACAAAUCGUAUGACCUCAGAUCUCUAAUCAGAUA